UUCUAUAUGAGUGAGAUCUUCACCUCUCUAGACCAAUAACCACAGUCUCUAAACAAAGCCAACCACCUUCUCACUGAGAAUUUCAGUGUAUGACAAAACUCAACAGGAAACUCAAACCUUGGCCAGCGGUGUUGCCUCUUCCCUGCCCAGGUGAGGCCUCCCACUGACUCUGAGGAAGUUCUUAGCAACUGUGUUGGCUGGGAGGAUGCUAGGCCCAUGUCACCUCAUCGUUGUCCUCCUGGCCAUGACCAUCUCCUGCACUGGGGCACGCCAUGCGUCACUGUGGGCGGAAAACUGCAGAAAAUCAACAUAUCCUCCUUCCGGACCAACCUACAAAGGACCGGUUACAUGGUAUGUCAUAAAUCUUGAUUUACCACCCUAUAAUAGAUGGCAUGAAUUAAUGGCUGAUAAGCGACCAGUGCUAAAGAUCAUAGUGAAGUCCAUGAAGAAUAUAGUAAAUACACUUGUACCGAGUGGAAAAGUUAUGCAGAUGGUGGAUCACAAGUUGCCUAAACUACUUGGCAGAUUUCCUAGUCCUUAUGAAGAGGAAAUGAAGGGAAUUGCAACUGUUACUAACAUACCUUUAGGAGAGAUCAUUUUAUUCAAUAUUUUUUAUGAAUUGUUUACUAUGUGUACCUCAAUAAUAACCGAAGACAAGAACGGUCAUCUACUACAUGUUAGAAACUUGGAUUUUGGAAUAUUUCUCAAGCAGAACAAAAAUAAUAGUAAGUCAAUAAUAACUGAGCAACUAAAACUUUUAACAGUGAAUUUGGACUUCCAAAGGAACAAUAAAACUGUCUUUAAGGCUACAAGCUUUGCUGGCUAUGUAGGCACCCUAACGGGUUUCAAACCAAGACUAUUUAGUCUCACACUAAACCAACGUUUCAGCCUACAUGGUGGCUAUCUGGGUAUUCUUGAGUGGAUUUUAGGAAAGAAAGAUGCUGCGUGGAUAGGAUUUAUCAUUAGAUCAGUGCUGGAAAAUGGUAUAAGCUAUGAAGAAGCCCAGAAAAUACUGAUGAAAACCAAGUUAUUGGUCCCAGUGUACUUUAUUCUGGGCGGUAGCAAGUCUGGAGAAGGAUGUGUGAUUACACGAGACAGAAAAGACUCUUUGGAUGUAUAUGAACUCAGUCCUAAACAGGGUAGAUGGUUUUUGGUGCAAACAAAUUAUGAUCGAUGGAGAACCCCGCUAUUGCAUGAUCAUCGCAGAACACCUGCAGAGGUGUGUCUAAAACACACAACCCAAGAGAGGCUGUCAUUUGCAAGCUUAUAUGACGUUCUAUCAACAAAACCCAUUCUCAACAAGCUGACUGUGUUCACAACCUUGAUUGAUGUUACAAACAAUCGAUAUGAAACUUACCUCCGGAAUUGCCCACACCCUUGUAUGGGCUGGUAAGCAUGUAUCGGGCUAGAGAUUAUGCUGAGACAUGAAAAGUGAUAUCCAUCAUGGCUGACCAGCUAAGCUACCUAAAUUCCUUCCAAAGGCCAAAGACUAUAACUGUUGUGUUUUUGC